AUGCCGCGCCCAAAGAAACCCGACCAGGAUGGGAAAGAGGUCAAGAAGCGCUCUAGGAAUGGUUGCUGGCCCUGCAAGUCGAGGAAGGUCAAAUGUGGUGAGGAGAAGCCGACCUGCGCCAACUGUCAGCGACAAGGCGAAACCUGCGACUACAGUAUUCGAUUGAACUGGGAUGGUCGGAACAAAAAGAAAGAGGAAGGAAAUGCAAAGCCCGGCGCACAGAUCCUGUCGUUCGGCACUCCUCAACCACCCUCGAAUGGAUACACCAACGGCGGCCUCGACCAGAGUCCCAACAUCAACGACCAGAUGUUAGGCCCUCCAGUCACUAUCCAGGUUCCCGACUAUCCAGUCGAUCAAUCUUCCGCAGAAUCUGGCUUGCCUUCGAUUAAUCAUUUCUCCAACAAUCUCUCUGUCCCGGCGACGACUGACUUCAACCCUGCCAUCCUUCCUCCUCCGCCGAUGCUGAGAACUCCCCAGUGGGGUGACAGCGCCAAUGUGAAUCCUUCCUCUGUUGCCGACCCUGCUCUCAUCCCGCCCUCUGUACGACACCCGCUAUCUCUGCCACCCUAUCCUUCUCCGCAAGAAUCUGGCUUUGGCAGUCCGAACCUCGGCAAUGGAAUGAACAAUUUCAAUGGUUAUUCCAUGCAGAUGCCUCCGCCUAUGCACACGUCUAAUCCAAUGGUUUAUCAAGAAUCCGUCCAUUCGCCCUACAACCCGAACAAGAGGAUGAAAUUGAGUCCGAGAACAGACAGUUUCGGGAGGACUGCCCCUAGUUAUCAACGAGCAGGAUCCUAUGGUCCGAAUGACACUGAAGAGGUUGGCCCGCGGGUCCAAUUCAACCCGAACACGCCUACUUUCUUCCCCUCCUAUCUUAGCAAUCCCUUGACUCCAGCAACUUCGUCGACCUCUCAGACACAAGACAACGAGGACAGACGGAUCUCUGUGAGCUCGCUGCUCUCUGAAGAUCCGGAGCCUGGGGAUCGCAGAGAUUCGAAGCAAUCUGAUCAGAACGGGACGGCCGAUGAACAGAUUCCUCGACGGGGCUCUUUACAUCAGCGGAUGAUAUCGUACUCAGAAACGGAAACUUACGGCCAAGACCGUGGUAAUGUCGAUCUCGAUAUUCCCCGGAACAACGAUACCAUGGCCAUCUCAGGCAUGUCACCAUCGGAACACAGCGACUUCGAGUCUUGGUUGAAUGACACAGAUCUGGGUGUCCCCGAGUUUGGCUUCGGGUUGGUCAGUCGAGAGACGGUGUUCGCAAGUGGAGGAUACUAUGCCUCCCCUGUGCCCAUCAAGAUCCCCCGAAAAUUGGAGCCAUUGCCUCGCACGCUGUCAGAGAACCCGAUGAACCUUUUAUAUUUCCAUCACUUCCUCAACCACACGGCCAAAAUCCUCGUACCCCACGAUUGUCCAGAAAACCCCUUCAAAACGAUACUACCAAAGAUGGCUGUUGAUAACCCGAAUCUGCUGAAUCUGCUGCUGGCGUACUCAGCUUGCCACCGAGCCCGGCUUUUAAAUCACCCCGAACCCGCGAAUCGCAUAGCGCUCUGGGUCAGGGAUGUCUUUCCUUCCCUACGGCAGACUCUGGAUAACGUGUCGGACACCGAGGUUUCGAACGCAAACUUGGCGACGGCCAUCAUGCUCGCCUCGUUAGAAAUCAUCUCACCUUCCAGUUUUGGUGUAUCGAUACCAUGGCAAAAUCAUCUCAGCAUUGCUAGGAGCAUUAUUCGUGCUCGCACAGGCCCGCAUUCCAUUUCGCGCAAAGACCCUGUCAUGUACUUCUUGACGCGGUGGCUGGCGUAUCUCGACGUGAUGGGCUCACUAUCCGGGAGGCGUAACGAGGAGCCGCUCUUUGCCGGCAACUAUUGGUCCAGUUCGCACGAGGACAGCACAUCAGCUAAAGAGCUGUCCUUGACCGACGAUGAUGGCGACGAUGAAGAUGACUAUACGAUUGACUGUCUUCUCGGGUUUACUACGCGAUGUGUGCAAAUCCUAGCUCAGGUGGCUGUUUUGGCGAGAGAAUGUGAAACCGCAGGCAGAAUUGACCCCGACACAGGACAGAUCAACGAAGACUGGAAGCCUUCGAUGGACAUACUCAACAGGGCGGAGAAAUUGCGUCACGAUCUUGAGCGAGCUCGCAACCAUGAACAGAUCCAGUGCGCGCAUCACAGUCCCCAGGUCACGAAAGCAUCUCUCUGCGGGACGCACGGCACGCGUCGUAAUUCCGCUUAUGCCGAGAUGUCGGAGAAGGAUGUCGAGGAAUCCCUGGCGACAAACUCAGCCUUUCAUUGGGCUGGGCUGGUCCACCUCUUGCGACGCAUCCAUAACCUUCCGCGCGGAGACCCGGAGGUACAGAUGGCAGUCCAUGAAAUUGUCAAGAUCCUGCAGCAACUUCGAAUUGGCGGAAGUGCCGAAGCAUGUUUGCUCUUUCCCAUGUUCACCGCUGGAGUCGAAGCGGACGAUGCCUUGGAUCGCGCAGAAGUGCUCAGUCGAAUCAAAGGAGCCGAAGGGCUUGGAAUGUGUCAAGUCAGCCGGGCCCGGCGGAUUAUGGAAGAAGUUUGGAGGAGCGGCUUCAGUUGGGAAUGUCUGGUCACGGGCGAGUUCUUUGGAUGA